UUUUGUAACAAAAAACAAAAUGAAUAUUUGGACCAUAAUCUUGUUUUUAUUCAUAAAUGCGCAAGUUGGUUUAUCGAACGAUGAUGGCCCUCUCUUAACGCAAACCAUUUAUGGUUUUUUGGAUUUUACCACUACUAUUGGUAAUACAGUAAUGGUUUUCUCACCACAAAGUGCACCAUCAUUAGUCAUAACACCAGAAAUAAUAGCACCUGUUAUAAAAACAAAACCCGAAAAUGUGGCCCCCAUUACAUCGGAUGAUGCUAUAAAUCCUACUAAACUAAAAACCGUUAAUACAAAAUCGAAAACCCAAAUUACUUCGAAAGGCAACGAAAAUAAAUUAAAACCACCUAAUGCUAUUGCCAGCACCUCUACAUCUGUUGCUGUUCCGGUUUCUAAGCCUCAAGAUGUCGUCAUACCAAAUGAAAUUGUCCAAACUUCCCUUACUAUUGAUAAUGACGUACAGGAUCCUGAAUAUGAUUUACUUUCCCGACAACCACCACAAUUUAUAGAGGAAACUUAUCGUGUUGUAAAUUUAAAAUCAAAUAGCAAAAAUUCCAGAACCCCAGUUGUUGUUACACCUGAGAAAAACACUGCCAGCAGUAUUGUAACAAGUUCUAAGGCACCCUCGAGAUCGCAUAAGAAUAAAAAGAAUAAGGUAAGAGCUUCCAGCACUUUGCAAGUAUUGAAAACGGCCGCACCUGUAACACCACAAAAAAGCAGCAGUAAUAAUAAUAAAGUCACACUACGCAAUACAUCGUCUUCGUCCACUUCCACCUCAUCAUCCCGCAAGAGCAGUAAAAAAGGAUCAAGUCAUAGAGGAACUACUUCUACUACUCCUCAACCGGAAGAGGUAGUUAUAGUGAAAUCUACUACCACUAGAAACAAACCCAAAAGAAAAAAUAAGCACAAGAAUUCCACCACCUCCAAACCAAGAUACUCUACAACAACAAGUGCUACCACCACCACAGAACAAACCGUGCGUAGAGCAUUCCGACCAAAAUUACAAGUAACCAACUCGGAUUUAGAUAGUAACAACUUGCAUAUAACAAAACUUAAUCGUACUCCUGGUCGUUGGCAAUAUAAAACUUCACCCAAACCUCGAGUAAAUAUACGAAAACCAGCUGUUGAGGCCAAUGGAGCAGCGGGUGGUUUAAGCAAUGUUACCUCUGCCGGCAGCAGCAAUUCGAAUGUUUUUGCUGAAACAGCUUUAAGUGACAAUUUAAAUGGUAAUUUCUUAAACCAGAAUGUUAUCUACAAUCAAACCGAUUUAGAAAUAUCCGGCUCACAAAAUGGACCCAUCUUGAACAAUAUCGAUCAAGAGGGUAAACAGAAGGUUUUCACCGAAACCAUUAAUGUUGAAAUUUCCACACCAGCUGACUUUAAAGACACCUAUUAUGAAAUUGCAACUAUUAAGAAACCAUUUAUAUUCCAGGCUGGUGUUUUGAAAAAGACCCGUUUUAUUACGGUCACCUCGACCAUUGAAAAAUAUCUUACGCCAGAACCCUCUAUAGAGCCACGAAAUGAUGACGAACCUUUGACGGAGAAUAUUUUAGCCGCUUCGACCAAGGCGGAAGGCGUGUUAGUAGGCAGUAUAACAACUUUACCACCUAUUUAUGUUAAUGGUGAAACCGAUACGCCAAUUUUAGAAACUAUAACCGAAUCUUUUAGUAUUGUUAACAAGAAAUUGAAAACUCAAAUUCUACCCGUUAUCAAUGAAAACGAUAAUGAGACUACUUAUCAUACUUUGGUGCAGACGAUUGAUUUGACCAGCCUGAUAACGGUGACAAAGACUUCAUCGCCCCAAUUGGAAACAAAGGAAUUUAAUGGUUUCAAAGAUUUUGUAGGCAACUUAGAUGAAGCAGGUUCUGAAAUCAAUUUAGACUUGGAAUUUGGCGAUGAAGGCAACCAGGAGAAUGGCAGUGGUGAAUCACAUAAAAACGACUUUGAUGGUGCAAGAUUCAAUAAGACAACCCAACAAAUACAACCAACAUUUACUACAGGAGUGCUAAAUCUGCCAUCACAAAAUGUAAUUACAAACUCACGUCCAGUGGUUAAAUUGGAGACUUUAUGGGAGUCAUAUGUGGUGCCAAUUACCAAUGGUCAAUCGACUACAUUUAGAACCUUAUCUAAGGCAAAGGGUGUUGUUGAGAAAACUGAUUAUGUUAUAGAGACCACAACACUUUCGGUGCCCCCACCCAUUCUACCACCAUCUACAAUAAAUCCCUUCCUAUUACCUCUGCCUCAGCAAUUCCAAACGAUUACUUCACCCAUUGUCCAACAAACGAUAGUUACACAAACUGAGAGUAAAGUAUUAAAAUUAACUUUCGGUGCAAAAACCGCCUACACCACACUCUAUUCUACGCAAGUUGUACCAACUGUCCAGACCAUGUAUGUGACCACUUCAGUGCCUGUCCAACCUACAGCCAAUCCAUUCCAAGGAUUUUUCCCUCAACCCUAUAAUCCGUUUGCAUAUUUAGGUUAACACCAUUCUUUAUCGCAUUAUACAUGCUCAUAAGUUACCCUAACGUAAUAUGUUCAAAAUUAAGCAUUUGACAUAAAGUAAAAUUUGAAAUUUUCGAUUUGAAAUAGUGAAUUAUUUUCGAUUUUCAUCAUUGUAUCUAAUCUUAAGAAAACCUUAUGUGUAUGUACUACAUUUAUUAUCCCUAUUCCUCUUUCAUUAAACAUCAAUUCGUUCAUUAUCUUUAUUAUUACAUUCUCGUAUUCUCUCUCAAACAAUUCAUUCUAUGUAAUAUGUAAGUUAUUUGCCCAUUGUUGCAUUAAAAAUACUCAAUAUUCACAAACAAAAUACUCAUUUACUAAAUUCAUAAAUGUAAAUUUUAAUUUAUUUCAAAAUAAAAUGUAAAAAAUCGGCA